AUGUCACGCUCGACCUGCACCGCGCGAUCGUGGAACCUCUUAGCUCAAUCUAGGAGGCCUGGUUGCUUUGCUCAGAAAAUUCCGCUUAUCACCCACUCCGUACCAACUCGGGACGCGAUCACCUACCUCCCACAUGCAGACGGGUCUAUUGUGCGCAGUUCGGAAAUAUCGUUCAAGCUGGCUCCUAUCAAACAGAAACGGCAGAAGCGUGUACAUGACGCUGCGGACUUGGCUGCUCCCGUUCAAACCCCGCAGCAUGCAAAUGCGCCGGAUGCCAUAAUGGGCAACAUGGACGGUCAACAGAAGAAGCCCCCAUCGUGGCCGGCUCAAGUGCCUGCUUUCAAUGCGUCGACCGGUGGUUAUGACCUGCCGCAUACCGGAAAUCACAAUGCUGCGUAUCGGCGUGUGCUGGAUCAUGGCGCGCAAGGAAACCCAAUGAUGCCAUAUGGGUCCGGAUCAACAGUCAACGUGUCUGCUCCAUACGCGUCAAUGCCCAUGUCCAACCACCCAGCUAGUGGAAAUUUCAAUGAUGGAGGACAAUUGCCGAGCGGGAAUACCCCAGCUUCGCCUUCAAGCGCAUUCGGCGCAUUCAAUGUGCCCAUGUGGAAUCCCGUGAAUGCGAAUAGUCAGUCGAUGACUACAACACAACUCCAACAACCCUACCCAUUCUUCAAUCCGAUGUUCUUCACCCAAAAUGCCAUGGGAAAUGUACCCCCUUUCCCAAUGAUGCCGCCAUUCAACCCAAUGCAGCCUAUGCAGACUCAGAACAUGAGUACAACGGCUGGACCAACGGCGCAACCUUCGAAUGCCGUUCCGCCACGGAGGGCACGAUCACCAACACCGCCGAUGAAGAGGCCAUCACCGACGAAGGAGUACAUGUUACAAGCAUCGAAACCACCACAGACGUCUCCAUCACGACGACCCUUGCUCAUCAUCCUCGAUCUGAACGGCACUCUGAUCUUCCGCAAACACCGCAAAUUGCCUCCAGUAUUUGCUCGUCGCCACGGUCUGGACGAAUUCCUCGAUGAACUGACCACUAAAUACUCAGUCAUGAUCUGGACAAGUUCAAAGCCACCUACCUUGAACGCUGUCUGUGACAAGUUGUUCGAUGCUGAGAAGCGCAAACGCAUGGUGGCAUUGUGGGGCCGUGACAAGUUUGGCCUCACCCCGGUGCAAUACAAUGCCAAGUUGCAGGUGUACAAGGAACUGCGCAAGGUGUGGGCUGCCCCUGAGAUUCAAGCUGUGUAUCCAGGAAAUGAGGACGUCAAGCCAGCCGCCCCGCCCAAACGGACCGGAGGCAAACAUAGCAAGAAGAACCGAAUUCGGCAGCAGGCCGGAGCGUUCCCUCCAGGUCACCGCUGGGACCAGACAAACACCAUCCUCAUUGAUGACAGCAAACUCAAAGCUCUCAGUGAGCCAUUCAAUAUCCUCGAGAUCCCCGAGUUCACCAACGACCCCAACAUCGACGAAUCAGACCUCUUCACCAGAGUCCUCGCUAAACUCGACGUCCUGUCCCGUCACGACGACGUGAGUAAAGUACUCCGUCAAUGGAACGAGCGUGUCGCACAAGGUGAAGCUAGCCUCUUGGACCUUGAACUCGGACCUGAAGAAGACUUCGAUGACGAGGAAGACGGUGGUAUGAGUCUCCUGGCUACCUCGGCCCCUGGUACCUCUGCCAACCCCAUCGACCUCGAUGAAGUACCCUCCAUUACCUCUCAACUCGACCCCAAGGAGGCAACGCGUCUGAGACGAAAGGCCCGCAAGAAGGAGAAGAAGGCUGCCAAAGCUGCCCUCGCAGCCGCCAACCAGCUUGCCCAGAAGACCCAGGCUCAGCCUCAGCCUUCAACUAAAGCCACUGGGCAAAAAAAGCCCCUCUGGGCGCAGGAACUUGAUGUCGAGCGUGAACUCGAGCCCAACGCGCGCAAAAACACCAUCGAUAACACGGGUGGAAAGCGGCACAACCUUCGCCCUAAGCUUCAAUCCAACACCGAGGUCGCUGAUGACCCGUUGGAGGAUGAGGAGAGUCUUCACUAUGACCCCCCAUAUUCUCCGCCCAACGACCAUGCAGGACCUUCCAUCCUAGACAAUGUCCCCUCUCAGGUCACCGUGGAGCCAUGCAACGCUUCUCUGUCCUUGGAUAAGUCUUGGUCCGAGUACAACCAGGGUCGGUCGCUUGAGUCAAGUCCACCCUCCAUGCGACAGCUUCAGCAGGGGUUGGAUGGCCAGGGAGAGCGUCACUUCCCGGCAAACCCAAGCAACCGGCCCUUGUCACCGGUGACCGAUGAUGGAAGACGCUCCGUCUCGCCGGCUACGUCUACUGCGUCCCGGAAUACGUUGCUUGAUAGGCUGGAGGAGGGCCUUGGAAUCAAGCUUAAGAGGUAA